AGACGCCAAUGAAAAAAGGGCGGCCAAGAGCGGGCGCGGCGCGUGUGAACGAGUCAGUUAUCUCCGCCAGGAUGUCAAACGACACCUAGCUUGUAGCGGUAAACCAUUUGUAUUUGACUUCAUGGCAAAAUGCCGAUGCCAUUGAAACUACACUGCUCGUGGUCACAAAAUGAAGGCAAGGGCGCUUAGUGCUUGUUUGCUCGCGGAUUCUUUUUGUGCGCUUUCAAAUAGAGAAACUUUGUUGAAAAGAUUAGCAGGAUAGUGAUUCUAUGUUAUAUAUCUCAAACAUACUUCAACUUUUAGCUUGAAAGCGGAUCGGAUGCGAGCUUGAAAUUUUUAAACCCUCAUUCGUGAAACGAAGCGCCAUUCUCCAGUCCCCCUCGACCUCACAAUAAAUUACAAUCAAGCAUAAACAGUUUUGCACAACAUGCCUUUGGUUACCAUAGCAGGACGAAAUCUUCUCAAAAAUCCAAUUAUCGUAUCUGAUGUGCAAAAAGAUUGAAUAAACACAACAUUUUAUUUAGUUUAUGCGUAUUUUCGCACUCUUUGUACUUUUUGGUGUGACAAUUUUCACCUUCAGCCUCGCUCCCACGCGUGCGUAACACUGGUGCCCAUUCAUAACAAAACAGCUGAGUACGGUCACUUCAGCAAUGGUCGUUUUUCCUCGCUCGCUAAUUUUACAAGCUUAUGACGAAAAUGCCGGUUUCCGACUCUCUAGAGGCCAUCGCUAUGAGGCAGGAGGCUGAGAGAUUCGAGUCGGUUUGCCCGAAUAUUCAAUCUUUGUACGACCUUCUGGAACGAAUCGACAACGUGCCUUUGAAGCGCAAAAUAAGAGAACUCGUGAAUCGUAUUGAGGAAUCGUUCCUUAACAGCCCUGAGUUCACCACGUUGAGAGUUGACAGCAGUUGUGAACUAAGACUGGGCGUUGUUGGGAGUUCAGUUUCUGGCAAGUCUGACUUAUUGCACAGAUAUCUAACUGGUGAGUACACCAAGGUGGAUUCGUUUACUGGACGCCACAAGAAGGAGGUGCGUCUUGAUGGACAGAGCCGCUUGUUGCUGAUCAGGAAUGAGACUGGCCCCCCUGAUGUACAGUUUACUCAGUGGGUGGAAGCUGUGAUCUUUGUUUUCAGCUUGGAUGAUGAGCUCAGCUUUAGUGUUUUGUCAGGGUACUACGCUAAAAUGGCUCAAUACAGAAAAUACAUCUCUGAUAUUCCUGUGGUUUUGGUGGCCAUAACUGGUGAGAAUGCAUUUAGACUGGACUAUAAUGGACAACCAAUCAAACUGCCAUUUCUGUAUCCUAUAUCAAAGGAAUCGUUCCUUAACAGCCCUGAGUUCACCACGUUGAGAGUUGACAGCAGUUGUGAACUAAGACUGGGCGUUGUUGGGAGUUCAGUUUCUGGCAAGUCUGACUUAUUGCACAGAUAUCUAACUGGUGAGUACACCAAGGUGGAUUCGUUUACUGGACGCCACAAGAAGGAGGUGCGUCUUGAUGGACAGAGCCGCUUGUUGCUGAUCAGGAAUGAGACUGGCCCCCCUGAUGUACAGUUUACUCAGUGGGUGGAAGCUGUGAUCUUUGUUUUCAGCUUGGAUGAUGAGCUCAGCUUUAGUGUUUUGUCAGGGUACUACGCUAAAAUGGCUCAAUACAGAAAAUACAUCUCUGAUAUUCCUGUGGUUUUGGUGGCCAUAACUGAAUAUCCUAGUAAAAGCAAACUUAUUUCUCAGAUCUUUCUCUUUGCAGCUAUUGAAAAGCUGAUUCAAGCCAGGGGAGAGACAAGUCCUGUUCUGACAUCAUUUGACCCAAUCCACUCUCCUACUACUAAGGAACCUCCUGAUCAACUGCUUCCAAAUGUCCCGUCAUACAGCCCCAUCCAUAGCGGCACCAACAGCGCAACAUCUACACCGUCAUCUUCCACAAAAAGGUCAUCAAGAAGGAGGACGAUGCUCUUCAGUUCAUCGAAGGAAAAGAAAGAGAAAGACAUAGUGGUGGAUACAGAUGUUGGGAGUGGCAGAUCAAUUCCUAUAAGACAGGGUUAUCUUCUGAAGAGAAGUUCCAGCUCAAUAAACAAGGAAUGGAAGAAGAAAUAUGUAACAUUACUCGAAGAUGGCGUACUCGCUUAUUAUCCAAAUCUACAUGAUUACAUGGAUGAUGUUCAUCAAAAGACAAUAUUAUUAAAACACACAACGGUAAAGGUGCCUGGAAAAAGACCACCUAAGGCGACCACUCCUGGACAAGGAAAUUCAAGACCGACAACUCCUGUGGAGUCUGAUAAUAACAAUAGCGGGACUGAAACUGUAGGAACAAACAGUGUAGAUGGUGCACAAAAUGGAAUAGACUCUUAUACAGGAUACAACUCACUUCCAGCUCAACAUGACAUUGACAAUGCACUCGCUAGUAUAGGCAAUCAAGUAAUAACUCCCGCAUCAACAAGUGUCGUUGCAAACACGACAAAGACAGAUUCAUCAAGCAUGAUCAAGAAAAAGAAUAAAAGAAGUAAACACACAAAAUCUUGUGAAAUAGACUACGAAGAGCUUGAAAAAGCUCUGGCUCUUGCUGCGGCCAAUGCAGUAGUUCCGGCUGGUUCCCGGAUGGAUCAGAUGGGAGUGACUGCAGGCAGUACAAAGAAGAAAGGUCACAGGCGUGUCAAGAGCGGCAGUGGACCUAAAGUUGAUUUAGAUCCAGAAAUGACGGACUGGGAGUUCACCAUUGUGUCAUUAGAAGCUAAAUCAUGGCAGUUUGCAGCAGCCACACAAGAGGAGCGAGAUGCCUGGGUUCAGUUAAUAGAGCAACAGAUUUUGUCUUGCUUACAGUCAAAUGAAAGCGGCAGAGAAAAGUCAAGAGGUAACAGCAGUUCUUCAUCUAAUGGUCACGAUAUGCAAUCAAUUAGGAAUAUGGAAGGAAACGAAGUGUGUGUGGACUGUGGCGCGCCGAGUCCUGACUGGGCGUCACUGAACCUUGGAGCUUUGAUGUGUAUAGAAUGUUCUGGAAUUCACAGAAAUCUUGGAACACACGUGUCUAGAGUACGAUCUCUAGACCUGGACGAAUGGCCAUCUGAGCUCACAGCUGUGAUCAGCGCAAUUGGAAACACACUUGCUAACAGCGUGUGGGAAGGAAAGCUACAAAACAGGACGAAACCAACCCCGUCUUCUUCAAGAGAAGAGAAAGAAAAAUGGGUCCGAGCGAAAUACGAGGGGAAAGAGUUUCUUCGAGAAUUACCGCCGUGUGAUUUUUCACUGGGCGAGGUAAGUGAUGUAACUUACUAAAUUAAUUGAGGAAGACAAGUAGAACAAGAGCACUUAGAAACAGUAACAAGAAUUUGUCAGGACCGUUUGUUGGAAGGAGAUGGAGCCAUUGCAGUUGGUGGAUGAAUGGUGGAUUACUGGUUCGGUAUUCGGCGCAUUGGCUGCCGAUGCAUUUGUUGGUGCUCAAUCGUCACUUUUUGCCAUUUUGAGAAGUAAGGGUGAGUGCUACUG